GGUGGUGGGCGGCGGGCUGAGGCCUGCCAUGUGGGGUCGGGGACACUUUUCUCGAGUUUCCGUGGCGGAAAGUGUGAGUUUUCCAGGAAUUACCCAGAUGGAUGAAGAUGUUCAUUACAAUACAGUUGAAGAUGUGGUUGGAAGUCAUGUAGAAGAUGCAGUAACUUUUUGGGCACAGAGUAUCUGUAGGAAUAAGGAUAUUGUGAAGAUUGGUUCCUCACUGUCAGAAGUUUGUCCCCAUGCCAAUUCAGUUUUGGGGAAUCUGGAUCCAAAGAAGAUUUAUGGUGGAUUAUUUUCUGAAGAUAAAUGUUGGUACAGAUGCAAAGUGCUGAAAAUCAUAAGUGAUGAAAAGUGUCUGGUGAGAUACAUUGACUAUGGGAAUACUGAAAUUCUUAAUCGAUCUGAUAUAGUUGAGAUUCCUUUGGAACUGCAAUUUUCUAGUGUUGCCAAAAAGUAUAGACUUUGGGGACUACAGAUUCCUUCUGGCCAAGAAGUUACCCAGUUUGAUCAGGGUAGAACCUUUUUGGGGAGCUUGAUUUUUGAGAAGGAAAUAAAAAUGAGAACUAAAGCAACAUAUCAAGAUGGAACAGUUAUUGCUCAGGCAGAGUAUGGCAGUGUGGAUAUAGGAGAAGAGGUGGCUAAGAAAGGAUUUGCAGAAAAAUGCAAACAGACUGCAAGCACUAACAUCUCUGAAGAAAAAAAACCAGAUCCUGGUCAACUUGUUCUUAGGAACCUUAAAAGCCCCAUUCCAUUGUGGGGACAUAGAUCGAAUCAGUCAGCCUUCAACAGACCUAAGGCACGGAUGAGUGGGAAACUGACUGUUGAUUUGAAGAAUGAAAACUAUGCAGGAAAUCACGUGACAUUUCCAAAGGAAAGUUUGGCUGCUGGUGACUUUAAUUUAGGAUCUAAUGUCAGCCUAGCAAAAAUUAAGCAGGACCAGAAAUUGAUUGAAGAAAAUGAAAAGCUUAAAUCAGAGAAGGCAGUUCUUCUUGAAAGUUACAAGGCAUUAGAAUCAAAAGUAGAGCAGACUGCUCUGGAGCUGCAGCAAGAGAAAGCAAUUACUAUGGAUUUGACUAAACAUUUAGAAAGCACUCUGAAAACCCAUGUGGGUACUAGAAUGAAAAAUCUGGCAGCGAAUGUUGAAAUUCUGAAAGAAAUUAGACGUGUCAACAUCAGUGUUCGUUUUGGAAAUGACCUUUCAGAUGCUAUACAAGUGUUGAAUGAAGGAUGCCUUACUAACCCAGCAUCACUGAAUGAAUUAGAGAUAAUUUGGGCAGAAUAUAACCUAGCUCAGGAGAAGAUUCAAACUUGCCAAGAUAUGAAUGAAGGGAAUAUUUUGAUUGCUGAAAGAAAUGAAAUACAACAGAAGCUAUACAUGGCAGUAGAAGUUUUUAUUCUGGAAGUAGAUGAGUUGCCUCUUACUAAACGUUUGAAAACAUUGCAGGAUUUGUCAGUAUCUUUAGAAGCAAUAUAUGGACAGGCCAAAGAAGGGACAUACUCUGAAGAAAUACUUAAGGAAUUUUAUGACUGGAAGUGUAAUAAACGAGAGGAGUUCACGAGUGUUAGAAGUAAAACAGAUGUUUCUCUACAAUGUCUGGUAGCAUGGUUCCAGAAUACCUUAAAGGCUUUUGAUUUAUCUAUGGAAGAACCACUAACUUCUGAAUAUACAAUCAGUAAUAUUGAUGAAAUCCUAGAGAAGACUGAAUCAAGUGUCUGCAAAGAGUUGGAAAUUUCUCUGAUUGAACAAGGUGACGCAGACAAGGAGAUAAUUUUAAAUACAUAUAGUCAAGUACUACAAAAGAUUCGUUCAGAGGAAAGACUUAUUGCUGCCAUACAAUCCAAGUACAAGGACAGUAUUGAGUUUAAGCAACAGAUUAUUGAAUGUUUAAAUAAGAGCCCCAGUGUGGAUCACUUACUGUCUAUUAAAAAGAAACUGAAAAGUUUAAAAGCUCAACUUCGAUGGAAAAUGGUUGAAAAGAAUAAUUUGGAAGAAUCUGAUGACAAUGAUGGUUCUGAAAUUGAAAAAAUACAACAGGAAGUAAUUCAGCUGCGCAAUAGUGUCUUCCAGGAAAUUUAUCACGAACGGGAAGAAUAUGAGAAACUGAAUAGCUUGGUACAGAAAUGGUUUCCUGAGCUGCCUUUGCUUUAUCCAGAGAUAGGACUACUUAAGUACAUGAACUCUAGUGGUCUUCUUACUGUGAGCUUGGAACGGGAUCUUCUUGAUGCAGAGCCCAUGAAGGAGCUUAGCAGCAAGCGUCCUUUGGUAUGUUCUGAAGUUAAUGGGCAAACAGUUCUUUUAAAGGGCUAUUCUGUGGAUGUUGACACAGAAUCUGGGGUGAUUCAGAGAGCAGCUGCUUAUCAUAGAGCUUGGAGAGAAGCAAAAGAAGAAUCUGGGUUACUACCAUUGAUAUUCCUAUUUUUGUGUAAGUCAGAUCCUGUGGCUUAUCUGAUGGUUCCAUACUAUCCUAAGGCAAACCUUAGUGCUAUUCAAGCCAAUAAACCUUUAACGUCAGAGGAAGUUUUAAAGGUUAUGAAAGGUGUUGCCCAGGGCCUACAUACAUUACACAAAGCUGACAUAGUUCAUGGAUCACUUCAUCAGAACAAUGUAUUUGCUUUAAAUCGUGAACAAGGAAUUGUUGGAGAUUUUGACUUCACCAAAUCUGUGAGCCAGCGAUCCUCAGUGAACAUGAUGGUUGGUGACUUGAGUCUGAUAUCACCUGAAUUAAAAAAAGGAAAGCCUGCUUCUCCAAGCUCUGACUUGUAUGCUUAUGGCUGUCUUUUAUUGUGGCUUUCUGUUCAAAAGCAGGAAUUUGAGACAAAUGAAGAUGGUAUCCCCAAAGUGGAUCAUUUUCACUUGGAUGAUAAUGUCAAAUCCCUCCUCUGUAGCUUGAUCUACUGUAGAAAUUCUAUGACUGCUGAUCAAGUUUUGAAUGCUGAAUGUUUCUUACUACCAAAGGGAAAAUCAGAUUCAAGCCAAGAUAAAGAUGCUGAAUAUGCCCAGUAUAAAGAGGAAGAAUUUAAGAUGGAGAACUUGGAUAAAUAAUUUAAAAAGUCAAGAAAUGAUGAAGCCAACUUUGAUUGAUAGAUUAGUAUUUUUUUGUUGUUGCUUUCACACUUAAAAAAAAAAAACUUAUUUGGUUUGGUUGUAUAAACAGAAAAAAGACCUGGAAAUGUUCUGGAGCUAGUUGGGGUGUGUUUUUUCUGGUUGCAAAAAAAUAAAUACUUCGCUGUGCAAAA